AGACAAUUAUUUCCCCGUGACUUUGUAUAAUGCCCGACUGUGUAGGACACCUGGCUAAUGGGGAAGUAACCAGAAAGUGAAAGUAAACUACACCACGGGGAGAAAGGUGAAGAGGAUAACAGGAGAAUAUGGCUAUAUACCCAUAUAAAAACUGAAGAUAUGGUUCACAUUUACCUGCUCAACAUUCUUGGUUUUCUAAUAUUUUUGUGUUUUGUUUGGUUUCUUAAAUCCUCUUCGAAUCAUCAGCAGAAAGAACGUUGUGGUGGAAGAAAUCCUGAGAGGAAAGAAAAUCUAAAUGACGAAUUGGCUGAUUGUUUGAAUAAUGAUACUGAUGAUGCUAAUUGUUCUGAUAAAAAUAAAGAAGAUAAAAUUCUGCAUUCUCACGAAGAAAGUAUUUUUGUCAGAGAAAAAGAUUUUGUUAAAGAUGGCAAUACCUCACCUGUGGAAGAUGUGUCAUUCACUUACCCCAAGGAUAAGAAAGCAAGUUCAGGCCCAUUGAAAAGAAAUGUUCAUCUUCCAUCAAUCAAGAAAGCAAAAUCUUCAACUGAGUUACGAGAGACAGGAAAUUCAUUUUAUCGAAAAGCAUCCGAGCAAGGACUAUGUUUAACUUUGCAAAAGUCACGACUCCAAAAUGCACUUGAUUCCUACUAUGAAGCAGUCACUGUCUGUCAAGAUUGCAUUGAGAAAAGUUCAGGGUAUAAAAACAUUGCAAUUGCUUCAAAAAGACUUGCACAGGUGAUGCUGAAAGAAAACGAUGAUAAACACUUAUACCGAAAGCAAUUCAAAGAAUCUCUGAAAAAUUUUGUUUUGGCCUUAACACAUUCUACAGGCAGAACAAACGAAUGGAAACACUCUUUGAUGGAUUCUUUCAUGAAAACUGUUGAUGAAGUCAUAGAAAAUGUGAAGAUAAAAGAACAGAUGUUUAAACCAAAGGUUGUAACAUUACAAUAUUAUCUUGAUGCUGUAAGCUCAAAUCACAUUGUAUCUGGUCCUUUGAUUGUUGAACUGUUAGAACUGCGAUAUGAAGAGGCGUUGCAUUUAUUUCAUCUGAAAAAUUUUCAUCAAUGCUUGCAAGAGCUUUACGAAUGUAAGCGCUUGUAUCAAGAAGUGCAGCAUAGUGACUUGAAAACAAGCUCAGAAAUUUCCUUAGAUGAAAUAACUAUUUAUAUAAUGAUAUCAGAAUCUGUUAACGCCAGGAUGUCAGGUGACCUAAUGCUUCAGAAUCUGCUUGAACAAGAUGUUCCAUUAAAUGCUACCGUUUUUGAAAGUGUAAUUAUGCAAUUUAAAGAAGCAGUACGGUAUGCAAAGACCUAUGACAUCAUAGCUGAGGCAACCGGAUUAAGUCGAUUAGGGCAUGUGUAUGAUAUUCUUAGUGACAAGGUACGUGCAACAAAGUAUUUCAAGGAAUGUCUUUCUGUUUUGGAAAACUGUGCUGAUAAAGAAAAAUACUUGGAUUCAGAUUGGCACAAGAAUUGUGUCAUUACUCUUCAGAGAUAUCAAGAUAGCAUUAUUGAACAACCGAGUGAAAGAUGGCAGAAAGAAAGGGGGACCUAUCUCACAGAAGUUAUUGACAAUGUCAAAGAUCUUGAGAUGUACAGCAGCAAAUCUCAUGUCAAAUUUUUGAUGCAUUUGUAUAACAAGUAUCCACCGAAAGCGAAGAAUAAUGUCUUUACAUUAUUAAGGGAAAAAGAAAAAAUAAGUGAUGACAUCUUAAAAAAGAUGUAUCGAAAGGCCCGGUUUCACUACAGUCCGGAUAAAGUUGAUGUUUCGAAACAUGGCAAGAGUUGGAAGGUUUUUUGCGAAGAAGUGUCAGUGUUGUUGAAUUCCAGAGUUGAUUCUUUAGAAUAAAAUAUUAUUUUAACUUUUAGUUUGUAAUUAUGUAUCUAGUUUGUUUUUUGUUUUUUGUUCUUGUUUUUAUGUUGUGACAUAACCGUAUAACUGUUGUAAGGAUAUUGAUCCUAUAUUUCAUAUCAUUAUCAUUAAAACCUUGGUUAUUUUUUAAUGAUUUAUGGUUUAAGUUAAAAUGUAUAUAUAUAUAUUUGCAUAGUAAAAUAGUUCAUUGACAAUAAUGUAGUAGAAAUAUUGAAAUUGUAGCAAUAGAACACCAUUA